ACAAUGAAAGAGAACCUCAAGCGGAGCAUGAAAGGCAUUGGGAUGGGCUUACGCAGUACUUUGGCAUCAAUGAUAGAUUUCAACCCCCUGCCUGUAGCAAGCCUGCUCCCAAGUCCAGCCUAGAAAAGAGCAUAGAGAGCGCCAUCGCUGAAGGGGACUUUGGGAAGGCGGAGGAGAUGAGCGACAGACUCGCCACUCGAGAGUUGGCUGUGAAAAUUGCGCAAGCCACCGAUUGCCGUGACUUUGUGCAAAGCAAACAGGAAGUGGAGGCUUCGCGGGCAGCCCAGAAAAGGAAGAAACAAAUCGCUUGGGGGUUUGAAGCCAAGCAAAGAUGGGAAACCAAAAUGCAACAUGGGCUAUAUGUGACUUUGUCUUCACUGAAGAGAAAGAAAAUGAAGAUUUGUGUAUUUUCUCAGUUAAUUUAAUGACGUUUGUGUUAACAUUUUUCUUUUGCAUAUUAUGUUUUCUUCACGUUUGUACCAUCAUGUUUGUGAAAUUGUCAAGAUACUGUACACAACUAACAAUAAAACAUCUGUAAAAAAAAAAAAAUGAAUUUAUGGAAUGUUCAAAUAAAUUCUGAGCACUCCAUGGUGGCAGCUUUAUGUGCUGUUUUCCAUUACAUAUCUCUGAUUAUUUUCUUUUAGCAUUUCGGGGAUUUUUUCCCCUUCAAA